ACCAGAAGGGUAAUCCAGGGUAAUUCGGCCUCAUGGUCUGCUGCUGGUCGAAAAUACAAGGAGCAUCUGGUCAUUGAUUCCCACCCACCCAUUUUCCACUUCUUUCUUACUUCUAUCGUCACGAAAUGGCUCUGUUUACAGACCACCCGGUCAGGCAUGUUCUCAAAGGCAUUUUUGCUCUGGUGAUGGGCCAUGUGAUCAUGAAAUUUUUGCCCCACUCGGUUCAGGUUAUUCAUCUGACCCAAACAUCAGUGACGAUCUUAGCGAUCGGGGCACUUAUUGUAUUGGUAGUGAAACACCACCGAACCGCAGGGGAAAACAGAGUCUUGUCACAAGGACAGGAGGAGCUAAUCUUGAUUGCGGCGUUUGGGGCAUUCUGCCUUCCUCUUGGCUAUGCGCGCGUGGAACCAAGGUAGUGUCGACAUCGAUUUGGCACAUCCACGCCACAUGUUCCAGUCGAGCACUGGUGCUGCCCAAAGCAAUGUUGUCGGUGCUGACAGUCGAGGCGUUGCGGCAGCAGCGGCUAGGCCACCUGCAGUGGCGUC